UGGUUUCCUUUCACUGCUGUGUCACACAAACACACCUGUGCUGUUUAUGUUCACUGACCAAUCACAGGACAGUUCAGAGGGAGAGAGAGGGCGACGUCACAUUUUCUCACGAUGUCACAAGUUGACGUUAGUUAAUGCAAAUUAUGCAAACUUGUGUCGUUCCAUCCCAGAACAUUAGAAGAAGAUGAGACUCAACAACAAACCGUUGCUAUAGCAACCACGACAGCCUCAGAGUAAACUAAGGAAAAAGAAUCUGUGAUCGUAAUGUCCUAUAGUUAUCCACCAGGGGGCGACAGGAACAUUCGUCAUGUUCCCAUUUAUAACGCUAACACUUCCUUUAUAAAUUUUAGAAAAAACGACAAAGAGACUCAAACAGUGACAAAGAGAAGUGAUGUCAUGGAAAGACAUCACUUCUCUUUGACACUGAGUCACGGUGUCAUUUCCUCUGAUUUCCUGUGAUGUCCUAAUAACAGACUGCAGACAUGUUUGUCUUCGUCUGUCUUCUCUCAGCCGGACUCGCCCGCCUCGUAUUCACUGAUGAUCGGACAGUGACGGUGCUGCAGGAUGGAGACGCCGCGCUGCUCUGUCCUCACGGGGCAGGAUACGCGUCGUGGAGUCGCCUCAUCAACGGGAAUCACGUGACUCUCGCCUCCAUCGCUAACGGCCGCGUGGACGUCCGAGACAAGCGCUGCAAUCUGUCGACAGACAACACUCUGGUCGUCCACGGCGUCCGGCGCUCGGACACCGGCUGGUUUUUCUGUAACAUGAAACGAGCAGCGUAUCUGGAGGUGACCACGGAUCCCAACUUGGCCGCCACCAACGCACCGGGGACCGACGGGAACACAGCGGGCGCAGGACGCCUUCCGUCAGACGCAUGGAAGGUCGUUGUGGGCGUGGCCAUCGGUGCUGUUCUGAUACUGCUGGUCGUGUUGAUUCUGAGACUGUGGCCAGACUGGAGGGCGGGGACAAACACCAGCAGGGGCGGAGCUCAAGCUGAGGUCAUCUACGAGGAGGUGGAGUACGGCGGCGUACAGCCAGGGACUGAACCCGGAGUCCAGAGUCAGUAUUACAGCUCGAUCGUCACUGAGACGCCUGCGCUCAGCGACCUGUACAGCGUCGUGGUCAACAAGAGGAGAACUACAGGUCGCCACGGUGACGAGUGCGUGUACUCACUCGCCCACAAUCCUCCACAGACGGGAAGCAGCCAAUGAGAGGUCGUCUAACGUCUGCACUCACAAGGACACGCCCAAGCUUCUACGAAAACAUCGCUCCAUCACCAUGAACGCUGUCGCACCGUGCGUCGACAACUUUACAGAGUCUGAGUUUGAAUGUGUGAAUGGAUGAAUGGAUGAAUGGAUGAACGGAUGGCUGACAUAUGAUGUCCAUGUCUAUGUUAAACAGAAGUAACGAUCAUUUCUUUUUCUGUUUGUCUGUUAUAACUGCUAUAACUGCUACUGCUACUAGAUAGAUAAAUAGAUACUUUAUUCAUCUCACAGAGAAAUUCAUUACUACUACUACUGCUAUUACUAUUACUGCUACUGCUACUGCUAUUACUACUACUGCUACUGCUAUUACUACUACUACUACUGCUAUUACUAUUACUGCUACUGCUAUUACUACUACUACUACUGCUAUUACUAUUACUGCUACUGCUAUUACUACUACUACUACUGCUAUUACUACUACUACUACUGCUAUUACUAUUACUGCUACUGCUAUUACUACUACUACUACUGCUAUUACUAUUACUGCUACUGCUAUUACUACUACUACUACUGCUAUUACUAUUACUGCUACUGCUACUAUUGCUAUUACUACUACUGCUACUAUUGCUAUUACUACUACUACUGCUACUAUUGCUAUUACUGCUAUUACUACUACUGCUACUAUUGCUAUUACUACUACUGCUACUAUUGCUAUUACUGCUAUUACUACUACUUCUACUUCUAUUUCUACUACUGCUAUUACUACUACUACUACUACCCCUGCUAUUGAUACUGCUACUACUAUUGAUACUACUGCUAUUGAUACGACUACUGCUACACUAGUGUAAUGCAGUGUUUUAUUGUUUGUUUGAUUUUUAAUAAAGUUUGAAUUUUCAUGGCCA